GUACUCAGAUAUCGGUCACGAUGCCGCUCCCUGCGGCCCUACUUGCUCGAUUAAAGAAACGCGGGAUUAUCUCCAGUGAACAGAAUGACGAAGAGGAAGUAUUCGCCGAGAAUUACGACGAAGAGACCGAGCCGGUGGCUGUACCAGCACCACACGAAAAACCGCAAACUUUGGGAAAAACCGUGAACAUGAUUAGCCCUGGUCCGAUCAUCGAGAACGGUAUCCUCGUAUACGAAUGUGCAGAUUGUCCAAAUAGACAAAAUGUGUACCAUCGUUGUAAGCCGUAUUGCUUCGAGCGGUACGGUAGACAGAAAUUCUCGGCAGAUAUGCGUUGGAUUCGGUUGAAAAAUCGUAUGCUGAGACGUUAUCCACUUCCCAGUCAUUGGAUUGAAGUUGGCGAUCCGGUUACUGGAAGAUUCUAUUAUUGGAAUACCAAGACGGACGAUGUGUGUUGGCUAUCCCCAUUGCAUCCGCGUGCGAAGAUCACCCAACCUGGUGACAUUGUUCUGGCCAACACACUCCGAGAACGAGAUGCUGCACGCGCAGCUGCUGGUGCUAUUACAGCGGCCGUGCUGAAUGCUGAAAAGAAACGCUCCGACCAGCGCGAUCGGAAUUCAGAUGAGGAAGGAGGUGAGGAUUAUGAAGGCGAGGAAGAGGAUGAUGAGGACGAAGUCAGUGGAAGCGAUCGGGAUAGCGACGAGGGUGUCGGCAGUCGACACGGUCGCGAUUCAGACCGAAGACGUGGACGUAGAGAACAUCGGCGUUCUCGGUCACCGGUGGGGUCCGACGAAGACCCUACCAGACGGCGGAACAGAUCUCAGCGAUGGAACACCCGUAGAGUCGAGCCGGAUGAGGAUCGGACCGAUCGGUCAGCUGGUCCUGGUGACCGCACAGGUACUAGCCAGAGCCAGACAACUGAGAAUGCGGAUGAUGAAUCGCCGGAUGGAGUACCUCUUCCAAGUGACUUUACUUCAAACAACUCCACACCAGCACAGGGGCUUACCCCAAGCCUCAUUUCGGUUCCGCCAUCUAAUUUCUUGUCCAUGCCACCUCCGCCACCCUAUUAUGCGGUUAACCAACCCCCUAUGGAUAGACUAUCAGAUGGCGCCAAUACUUCGAGGAAAGAUCAAAGACGUCCGGUCCCAUCUCGUUUCGAUCGAGGUGGGCGUCCCUCUGAACGAAGAAGAAAAGCCAUCGAAUCCGGGCCCCUGGAUCCCAUGGACCCAGCAUCUUACGGUGAAGCUCCUAGGGGGUCCUGGAGUUCGGGUUUAGAGGUCUCUGGAACGACGCCGGUCGCCAAAACGGGCGCAGAUGUGACUGCCUCGGGACCGCUCUACCAACAACGACCCUAUCCAAACCCCGGCGCUGUACUUCGAGCGAAUGCGGCUGCCGCACGUGAGGCAGCGCGUGACGACAAUGAUGAUGACUAACUGCUUUCCACAUACACUGGUUGUUUUUAUUCUCACCAUUUGUGUACACUGAUAAAGUUGAG